GUGCGUCACGGUCAGACGACAUCGAAGAUCGAGGUCACGACUUGUUGGAUCCUGGUGGGGGGGCGAUGACAGGGGGUGCAGGGAGCAGCGGUGCGGGGGGGUCUGGGGGUGCCCAAUUCGACCCACUGUCCGAGAAGGAGAUGGCGAAGUUUAGGCGAGGGAACAUUGUUUGGAACUACAUCACCGCGGGCCAGUACGUCGGGGACCAAUCGAAGAUGCACGGGGACCGAAAGUUGCGUUGCAACUUAUGCGGCCACCUGUUUCAGGGGGGGUCGUCGAAGGUCGCGCAUCAUUUUACGCAGUCGAAGUUCUGCAAGGCUGGGGGGAUGAGAGUUCUCGCGGAACUCUGGAACGACACGGACUACACAUUUGUGUCGUCCACUGCUCAGCGGGUGCAGAGGUGGAUGGCAGACGAGGGCAUACGGGACACGAGAGCGCCCGCGGGUGGCCAGAGACAGCGGAUGGACGACGAGGAGAGGGACGACAUUCAGGACGCCCUCGAUGAGGAGGGCCGCGAGGGUGGGGCCAGGGAGGGGGCGGUUGCAGACGAGGCAGACGUGGCAGUCGGAGAGCCUAACUUGCCAGGGGAGGAGGUGGUGAUGACGUCGAGAGGCAUCGGUGGAGCGGGUCAUGCUACUAGGGCGCCGCGAGGUGAGGUGGAGCGCGCGAGAAGGGAGAAGAGGAUAGUGGGGCAGGCUGGCGUCGAGGUGCCAGACACGGGCAGGGAGAAGAGGGCUCGGCAGACCACGAUUGUCGAGAUGUACGCCAGGGAGAAGUUGGCCGAGUUCCAUGACGCGUGGCUUCAGUGGAUCUACGUGAAGAAGUUGCCAUUCAACGCCUUCCGUGGUCCGGAGUUCCAGAGGGUGCGGCAGGCAGCAGAGAGAGUGCCUCGCUCCAUCCAGUUCCGGUUUCCCUCCUUCAGGGCUACAGCGGGGACCGGCCGACGGGACGCGUUGGAGAGCAUGUUGCACGGGGAUGCUUGGGCACGCAUCCCAUGGGAUGGCGCCCACGUAUCUCAGGCGCAGUGGGUGCAGCAGCAGAUCCGGGACGGGGAGUUUUGGCAGCGUGUCCAUUACACCAUCCUAGUCAUGUCGCCCGUCCACCAGCUGUUGCGCAGGAUGGAUAGAGGUGGGAUGAUGAUGUCCGUCCUUUACGAGUGGAUUCAGCAUCUGCUGCAGUUGAUGAGGAGGGUCGAUGUCCCGACGGACAUGAUCGAGCCGUGCACGACCGCCGACGACCGCCUUGUGGUCGAGGAGUGCGACAGAUUUCUCCUAGCGCAGACCGGCGGCGAUCCGGUCGGGUUAUUGUACAGGACCAUGAGGGACCAGAUGAGGGCGUUCCACUCGAGGCGAGGGGAUUGGGGAGAUCGUGAGCUCUCUGAUGCCGAGGCGGCAGAUUGCAGGGGGGACAGCGAGACCGAGCGAUGUGUAGCGUGGUGGUUCGAGCAUGGACGUGCCCACCGGGAGUUGCGCACCAUCGCCAUCCGUGUCAUGCACUUGUGGACGUCUGCCUCUCCAGCGGAGAGGAACUGGGCAGAGCACGAGCGCGUCAGCACGGCGAGGAGCUGCAAGCUUGGGUUCGCCAAGCUUGCACAGCUAGUUGAGAUUGCCACCAAUCUCAAACUGGCCUCGUGCGCACGGCAGGGUGGUGGCUACGUGUUGCCAUGGGUUAUGGGGAGCGGUCGGGGGGGGACGGCGGCAGAGGAGGAGGAUGAGGAAGGAGAUGUGGAGCCCGAGGUGUGGGGAGCGCGACCUGAUGGCAGUGUUCCCGAGCAGGAGAUCCAGCGGCAAAUUGUCGCUUUCCGUGACAGCCGACCGUCCAGAGCCCGUUCGGUUCGGGACGUGUUCGGCAGCAGAGCGAUGGAGCUGCGACCGUGGCCGGAGGGUGGGGAUGAUGUGGACGCUGCUGCGGCAGACGACGACAUCGACGACGACUGGACUGACGAUGAUGACACGCCGCUGAGUCGCGACCCGACGGUUGAGCGAGUGUACUUCACUUACGGUGGGGGUCGUGACGGCACAGAUUCAUUCACAUCAAUUAUCACCGGUGCUGUGCCGUCGACCGUGCCGGUUAGGAGCGACAGCGAGGCGGAGGGGGAGGCCGAGAAUGAGGAGGUGCCCCUUCGCGAUCGUCGCUUCUCUCCCUCCCAUCAUCCGAUCUCUGCACAACCCGAGGGGGAGCCACUCACGCGUUCGGAGAGGUUGGCGUCGGCAGCAGGCAGAGACCGGACACAUGACGGCGAGGAUCGUGGGGGGGAGAGGACUCCUUCCGACGCCGGUAUCCGCCCCCGCUCGCCAUCGGUGCUCCGCACACAGGACUUCGAGGACAUAGGGCUUGGUGGGAGCUUGGAAGAUUUUAGUGUCGAGGGACGUCGACGUGCCUCACCGCAGGAUGUGCGCACAGACGCGGACGUUGAGCGGGGCUUUGUUGAGACUGAGGAGGAGAGGGAUGCCUGUUUGGACCGAGAGGAGGAGGAGCGGCUGAGGAGUUUGCCACAAUGGGAGGGUCGGUUCGCGUAUCUCGACGAGCAGCGUCGGCAGAGGGACUUGGAGACAGGAGGGGAGGGGAGCCGUGACGUCGACGACUCGGAUGUCCCUGAGAAGGCGGUUCAGGGGGAGCUCGAUUAUGAGGGGCAGGAUGCCGCCGCGGGUGUCCCUAAGGGGCAGGAUGUUGUCAUGGGCGGUGGGUCCCCUAGUGGGGGUCGUGGCAACAGCGAGACCGCGGGUGAUGAGGGACAGGGUGCCGCAGUGAGCGGCAAAGGAGAGGGUGGACCCGGUGGAGAUGGGGAUAUCGCGGGUGUCAGUGGAGACGAUGGACCGGACGGCGACGAUGACGACGACCACGGUCCGGAGGACGAUCCGUAUAGGCUCGCCUUGGUGUUGAGGGACCCCACAGUGCCUCCCAUGCGCCCUGACGGCACAACGCACACUUUCUUCGAUGCCGACGCUUUGGCGCAUGCGUUGACGGAUGACCCUUUCACACACCUGAGCCGCAAGAGCGGCAAGCAGCGGGCCCCUGGGAGGGUAUAUUCACCGCCGCCGUUCACAGUGCAGAGCCCUCACUGGUCGGGUUCGUCGCUCAGCGGCGUUAGAGGGAGGGAGUCCGGUGCGGGUGAGGUGGGGUCCAGCAGACGCAGCGACGGCGGCAGAGAUAGUGCAGGAUCGAUGCUUCCACCGGCCGCACGGACUCCGGAGGGCAGGGUCGACACCGGGGACCGGACGGUGGCACCCGGAAUGGCAGGCCGCAUGCUUGGUUUGUCACGAGCGGAGACGAGGAGGACAUUGGUGCUCGAGGCCUCAAGGACAUCCACGGACAGGCUGCGGGGAGAGCAAUUCACAUUGGGCGAGGACGGGUUGUUGAUGCAUCCUGGGACGAGACGACAGCAUGGCCUCGCAGAGGUUGAGGCUCGACUCGCUGCAGGGGUCGCCGCUGGGCAGGCAGCAUUGGACGCGAUUCAGAGGGAGAGAGAGAGGGGGAUUGUUGCACAGGCGGAAGAGGACGAGGACGCAGACACUGAGUCCAAGCUUAUCGAGACUGCUGCCCGCAGACACAGGGCACAGGUGGUCGCGGCGGCCGCUGCAGCACAUGCGGCAUACGUCAGUGGGGCACGGGGCACAGGUGCCGGAGGGAGAGGAGGGCGCCGGGGAGGAGCGCAUGGCCGCACGUCCUCCGGGAGAGGCCUCGCGCGCUCUGGUGGGAGAUGACGACGUCCGUGGUGUUUUUUUGCUACUCGGUUGUACAGUACAGACGACACCCGUC